GUAACGUAUCCGGGACUGCAUAGCGUGACGAAAGCCAUAAUAACAAUAAUCCUGUCAGACGUUGAGCGUCAUUGUCGUGUCGCAGUAAACAGUUCGAUCGUGGGCUUAUUUAUUGUUAUUAUUUCUAUUGAAAUCAGUGAACUUCUUAGUGACAGUAGCAAUUAUUAAGUGCAUUGCAAUUAUCAAGUGUUUGAUGGAAUUUAACUUGUGUAUUCAUUUUGGCACAAUGUUAUGUAUGUGGGACAACAUACUUACACAAUUGAGUACUAUUUCGCUAGCACUGCAGGAUGGCAGAUGAUCCAGAUCGCGACCUGACCCCUGUAAGGGACAGCGCGAGCUCUGCGGGUGCAUGUCCCAGUACUAUUUACUCAGAUAUAAUACAAUUGCCUCCAGCCUGCUUCGGCAACGCGACUCAUCUCGGUGCAAACAAGCAAGAAGGAAUUUAUAGGAGGAGCGCCAACACUUUGUUUAUGCAUCGACAACUGGCGUCAAAAAUGAGCAAGAGUGAAUUGGAGGAUCGAUAUUUGAGGCUUUGCGAUGAAAACUCAGUUGUGAAACGUGUUUGCAAUGAACAAGAAAACAAAAUUAAACGCCUGGCAACGAAACUUCUUCGUAUGGCAUCUUCAUCGUCGGCGAACGGUGCGGACAGUAGUACUGCAGAGAGCCUAUGCGACGGGGAAACCAACGCCAAAAGGGCCGAUAGACUUGAAUUUCUGGUCGGACGUAUAGAUGAACUUACUGCAAAGAUAAAUGAUCUAGAAGGUGGUAAUCGCCAGUUACGCGAGCGCGUGGUGAAAAUGCGGGAGCAACAACAAAUCAAUCCGUUAGCAAAUAAAUCCAAAUUUAGACUCCGGCGAAAACGACAUACUAAAAUGUCAGAGAACUGCAGAGGUUUGCCUGGAUCGUGUGAUUCCACAUCAUCAUCUAGUUGUUCAGGAAUCAAGAAAACUAAUCGCAAAAAAUAUAGCUUGCACAUUAGUAAAGAGAUAAAAAAGAUAAAUAAAGAAAUUAAUAAAAUAAAUGAUGAAAUAAAUGAAGCAGUGAAAAAUGAUAGCAAUAAUGAGCUUUCGGCGCCAGAAAACGAAAAAUAUAUAAAAAAAUGCAAUUGCGAAAAGGAUUCAGACAAAGAUCGCUUGAGAGCCGGAGCUAAUUUCGACGAUAGCUCAGGACCUGACGCGUGUUCUAGCGAAGAUAGAAAACCUAGAAAAAGAAAAAGUAAAAUGCCAUGUACCUGCGCAGAUUGUCCAACAAAAAAAAUUAAUAGAAAACGUCUGGCUUUAUCGGGCGGUGGAAAUAUCAAAAAGAAACCGUGGUUAGGUGAUGAAGAUCCAUACCCGGUACACCAAUGCGACAACUUGGGACGUUCAAGACCAGCUAGUGGCGCAUCCGGAAAAUCUCGUGCAUCGAGUAUCGUCGGUGCUGGUUCCGUGAAGAACAAGCGCCGUGUCGCAUCCAAAAAGCAAUUGACCACCACGGGAGCCGGCAAUGGCACCGAAUCCUCUAAGAAAGAUCGCAGAGUUAUAACAUAUGAUACUUUCACCACACCUCAGCGUCCAGGUACGCCACCAGUUGUGCCCGGAAGAUUGGGAAAUAUUACGGCAGCACGGAACGCAAGUACUAGUCCUGGUCCUGGUAGUAAGCUAAAUAAUACAUCCACUAAUAUUGGAUUCAAGAGUAGAGAAGCAUCACCCAAAAUUUUGGGAAAACAAUCGCACGCUACUUCGCCAGCUCCUUUGAGUCUGCAGAUUCGUGGCGGUCCUCCGGCACCUCAAGGACCAUGUCCUUGUGGAACUGUGAGUAAGGACAACGACUGCAGUCCUUUGACAUAUGAAGCGAGUCCAUUUACAGCAACUCUUGCAACCACUAUAUGCUGUUGUAAUCCGGAGAAACAAACUGUAGGGUGCUGCUGUUACCCUGUUAGAAAACAAGCCGGUGGCAUUGCAAACCCUGAUAGUAUUCUGCAUUUAAAUACGGGUAAUCCUUCAAAAUUACCGAAAGGUGAAAAAAACGCCAGUAAUCCAUCUCCAAAUUUAAAACCAAAUUCUGCAAUUACUAAUAAGGCAGCUGAUAAUCCGAGUGCACCAGGAUCGGCAUCGAUUAAGCGCAGAUCUCUUUCACAAACGGUUAGCAGUCCUACGUGCGUCGAUUUGGUCGAUCAAAUCGUUCAACUCCAACGAGAACUCCAAUUAGAGCGUAACCGUUUGUCGCAAUGCAGUUGCAAUUGUCCAGCUCCUUUGGACGCCUGUUGCAGUUCGCGUCUCGAAGAGAAUCUGCAAGCGAUUGCUGUACAACGUGCUUUGAGGGACCAAGAGACGGCUUUGGCGGCACUAAGAAAUGAAGCAGACGUUAUGAAGCGGAGAACUUGUGAUUUGAAUGAUGAAUUAGAUCGUGCAAAAAGUGAAGUUCUUACGUUACGUCAAACUAUUGAAAAAUAUCAACAACAAGAAGCAAAAGUACAAAAACUUGAAAAAGAACUGGAAAUGGUCAACCGGGAAAAAGCAAUAUUGAAAGCACAAAAUGAAGCUUUGUGCACUUGCAGCGUGGACGAAGAUAGCAUUUCCGCAGAAAACAAAGCGGCCAUAGAACGAUUACAAGCCGAGAACGAUUCUUUACGAUCUAAAUUGGAGCAGGAAACAGCUGCAUUACACAGUUGCGAAUGUGAAUUAGCACAACUGCGUGCCCAAGAACAAGCCUGCAGAAAAUCAAAUGAAGAACUCUUAUGUAGACUUCUAGAAUUAGAAAAUCGUCAUGAGGAAUGUAGAUCUUGCAGUGAAGACGCUAACGAAAUAUCACUAUUUCCUUAUUAUCAGCAAACAUCGAAUGCACCACAGCCUCAACCUGUCGUUGGUCCGAUCGGCCGAAGAAGAUCAAAUCCGGCUCACUCACAUCCGAACGUUCAUGUUCAACAAUCAGUAUCAUCUCCUUUGUGUGCUCCGCCUUCAACAGAUUCAUCAAAGCAGUCGUAUACGCCCGGUUCUAAUUAUAGCAAAACUUAUUAUAAUACACGCUAUAACACUUGCAACUUAAAUCAUAAUUUAUCUAAUAACACUCAAUCAGAUCAGUCUUAUGGCACAUAUGGUUCAUCGUUAUCAGGACGAUUGAAUGAGUCACAUAACGAAUCAGGGUCAUCCAGACAUAUUAUUAGUCCACCAAGCGAUAGUUUUCAAAAACCUCAAUACUCAUGUGGCGGUAAAAAUCUAAUUAAUAAAACAGGAUGUGAAUGUUCGCAGAAGCAAUGUGAUUGUUCGACAAGACGGAAUUGUGAAUGUGCUCCAAAACCUCUUUGUGAUUGUAGACAGCAUUGUGAAUGUUCACCGAGAGCAACGUGCGAUUGCACUUCUAAACCUUCACCUUGUGAGUGCAGUUGUAAACCUACAUGCGAGUGUAAUAACAAGCCGAUUUCUGAGUGUAAAUCCAAGCCUGCAGCAUGUGAGUGUAAUUCUAAGCCCCACAGUGAUUGUUCAAAACCACCUUGUGAUUGCUGUGAUAGACCACUUUGCGACAAACAACGAGAACAGGUCUGCGAGCCCGCGAGUAUGCCUUGUGAAUCCGCUUCUCAAGUGGAACCUGAAUGUUUUCCUGAAACACCAUGUCAAUCUGAUUCUGCUCCAUCUAGUCUUUGUCGAUCUUCUCAAGUAACUCCAUGUGGAGCCCCUAAAAAAAUAUUGUGCGAAUCUGCUUCAGGACCGCCUUUUGACGCUCCUCCAAAUGAACCAUGUAGUCUAUCGCCUUGUGAAAUAAAAAAGACAUGCAAGUCUCUGCCUGUAAAAUAUGAAGCACAAUGCUCAUCUAAUAUACUUUGCGAAUCUAUUCAACUACCAUGCAACGUGGAAAUGACGCAUGCUGCGUUGCCUGCUAUUACUAUGAGUACGACACUGUCAUCUGCGACUAGCCCUUUAAUAAGCUUCAAGCCCUUCAGGGAUACUGCUAGCGAUGCUAUUUCAAUAUUUGCAUCACCUUUAGCGGCCGGUGAAUGUUCAGAUUCUUUAGAUACGGAAGAAGCAACACAAAAAGAGGCGUCGCUACCAUCAGAGCCAACCUCAAAUAAAAAUCAGGAUAUAAUACGCUGUCCGCCUUGUCCACCAGAUACUGUACUCCAAAAGCCAGCAACUCAACCCCAUUUAAACGGUAAUGAACAUCAGAACAAAUCUGAAGAUCAAAAUAACACAAAUCAGCAGACUCAACAAUUAAAAAUGAACCAAGAAGAUACUGAAAAACCAAUAAACGAGUCAUGUAAUCAUAGCCAAGAAAACCAAAAUUUAUUGCAAACACGGACGCCACCAUGUGCGUAUUCUAAAAAAACAGCUUCUUCAGAGAAUAUGUGCGUCUCGACAAAGUCAUGUACUCCAGAAAAAUUAUACAGUCCUGAAAAAUGUAGUACACCUGAAGAAAAUGUUACUCCCGAAAAAAUAUGUUCACCCAAAAAUAUGUUUACACCUGAAAAAAUAUGCACUCCUCAGAAAUUAAGUACUCCGCAGAAACUAAGCACUCCGCAAAAACCAAGUACGCCUCCGAACCUAAGUCCUACUCAGGACCUAUGUUCUCCCGAAAAGCUCAGUACUCCACAAAAACCAAGCACUCCGCAAAAUCAAGGUAGUCCACAGAAACAAUAUACACCACAAAAUACAAGCUCUCCAGAAAAAAAUUGCACACCUGAAAAAGGUAGCACACCUGAAAAGGGUAGCACACCUGUAAAUGGUAGCACGCCUGAAAAAGAAAGUACACCUAAAAACGAACGUAUUUCUGGUAAAAUUCCAGAAGUUGCCGUAGAAAAGCAAAGUACUCCAGAAAAGCCAUGUACCCCGCAAAAAAACUGUAAUCCGGUGAAAUUACGUACAACUGCUACGGUUUGUACACCCGAAAGUUCUUCUACUUCUGAAUCAAUGUAUUCUCCAGAACAAGAGUGCACUCCUGAAAUUAUUUGCACACCUGAGAAGGCGCGCUCAACAGAAAGAGUACGUCAGUACCACGGUUUGCGAAUUCCUGCACCUCCGCCGUUACCAGCAUCAAAUCACAUACCUUUACCCCGCGGGAAUGCUGCAGAUUGCCACCCUGGUCACAUUCCCAAUUAUCCUUGCAAUGAAUAUAGUGAUUCGCCUUGCUCAGAUUCGUACAGUAGUUCUUGUCCGACCAUAGGCUCUUCUUUCAGAUCUUAUGGUUCAUCAUUAGUAUCAACAAAUUACAGUUCGCGCGAAGGUCCUCAGUCAUAUUGCCCUCGUGUACCAGAACAUUCUUUUCAACCUACUGCCCAGGUGCAUAGACCCCAAGCUAAGUUGACGUUGGCACAGCAGAUGGAUCAGCAGUUGGGAGAACCACCGACGAUUUUGGCAAUUACAACACGCCGCCCUGCAUCAACAUUUGCCACUGAAUUGAUAGCACAAGUCAGACCUCCUUCAGGAAGAACAAUUAUUCCAACUCCUAGAAUUUGUAGACAUAUGCUGGAUUCGUCUUACCGUCCUUCUGAUCUUAACUCUGGGCCUGAUUUGGGAGAUCUGUCACAUAGCAUUACCCGAGUAUGUGGUGGCUGGAGUCCUAACGAUUCCGAUGCAAGAAAUGUUAAAGAAGGAGAUCAAGUUCGUUUGUCAGGAGGACGUAGUACACCUACUUGUUACACUCCAACUACUGAAGAGUUGCAGAAUCGCACGAAUACAAGUAGCAAUGAUGAUACGCCUAUCAUUAAUAGUACAGACGAUAAUUUAAGUUUAACUACUAAUGAUGAACGAGCAAUAAUUUAUCAAGUGGGCUGUAAUUCUGGUGGUCAGUCCGAAAAUGGCGCAUCAUCAGUUUUGCAGUCUCAAAGUUUGGAUUCCGAAAAUAGUGUAUCAAAGAAAUGGUCUUCGAGCGAUAUAUCUAGAGAAUUAGAUCGUUGUAAAGAGAUGUUAAGAGUUCAGCACAAUUUGAAUGCCUUAUAUAAAAAAGAAGUCGCCAGUUUAUCACAGGAAGUUGGACGUACGCGCGCCGAUUCAUCAAGACGCGAAAGUGAAUUAUUGGCACGCAGGCAGGAUUUGCAUACGGAACCAAAUCGUUUUAGAAUUUUGCAACCACCGACUAAACAACAUUCUUUGAUAUCACCUGAUAUCGCGUUUGGAAACUUAGAUCAAAUUGGAGCAGGAUUAAUAAACAAGUUUUCAGUUGAUGAUAAUAUUGAGGAAGAACAAAUUAUCGUAACCGAUUAUAGCGGACGAAACUCGGGCGCGGUGAGCAAAAGCGGAACCCCGUCCACACCCGUGCAGCAGGUUGGUGGCACGGUACCCUUAUACAAAACUCAGUGUUGUGAUACCUUGAAUAUACAAGGAGCGCGAGGUCAAGGAAUAUUCGAAAUGCAUAUGCUAAGAGUACGAUUGGCGCCUGAAGGAAUGCGAAUUUUGUGUAAUCGUUGUGAAGACAGGAAUACCGGUGAUUUGAACCUCUUUCUGUCCUGGCGCUUUUACGAUCAGGAUUUGGCAUGCACGUUACCCAAACCGGCGCCUGAUGCUGUAUUUAAUACUGCCACCGUUUAUAAAGUUAACGUGACAGAAGAUUUUCUCAACUAUUUAAAUAACGACACGGUUCACGUAGAACUGUACGUCGUUCCUGAUUCGCUUUCUUCAGAUGAAGCAGAGUCGAUUCUGCAAAGUAAAGCAUUAACGAUCGGGAAGAAACCAGUGCCAGGUAACAAGAUACCUGAGCUCGCUGCCCGCGGUCAGUUGAGGCUGGAUGAAUUGAUACAAUAUCCGCAAAAUAAAAUUCACGCUAGUGUUCGUUUGGUAGUAGAAGAUAAUGAAAAUGCUUCAGAUUCGUGUAUAUCUGUCAAUGGCUGUGCUUUGGAUCGGCAUUUUGGAAUGUUACAAUGUUGGUAUCGUUUGACUUGCGACGUUAACUUAAUAAAUCGUUAUCGUGACCGCGUCUAUAGAACUAGAGAACGUCCUCAGAAAACCCCCGAGCUGCGAUUCGGUGCUUUAACAGCUGGUGGCUGCUGUGAUUCUUCAGAUUCGUGUUGCGACCGCGUGCAUAGUUGCUGUUCAAACAACAAUGGUACCAAAACCGAGAAUACCAGAAGUUGCGGUCGAGCUGGACCUCGAACGUCUUCGGGAAGAGGAGGACGACCAACAUUACGGGAUGUUAAUCCACACUCAACACGUGCGGGCUCGUGUCAUUCGUCUACGCAUAGCUCGCACGCCGCGCGUCCGCCUGCGGCUCGUACGGGUCCGUUGCGCGGUAUCGGGGCGUAUAAGAACCUUCAUAACGCGGACUCGUCACGUGCGAACGCGGUUAAUACGCAUACGCACGCGCACCAUCAGAAGCUUCAUUCGCAGAACGGCCGUGUUUGUGCCAAUAGUACAGAUCUAAGUAGCAACAGGUGCGCAGCAAAAUGUGGAGAAAAUCAUAGCAACGAUGAACCGGAUAGUACAAACGAAAACAGCGACAAUAACAGCUUCAUUAUCGAAACGCCGAAUGACAGCCUAAACACCAGCGAGGACAGCAGUUUUACUAAUAACGAGAAUUCUUGCACACAUGACACUGCUCACCACGUACAUAGUCAUAGCAACAGUUUUUUGGAUAAAUCACAUAGCCCACAGCCACCUUGCAUUUCGGGUAUUCAUAGAAACGAAGUGUGUGACUGUGUUGACGAGAAGGACAUGGUUAGUUCUAACUGCGUUGUUCGCAAUGGUGUUGUCAGCUACCGAAGCCUUAUCGAUGGCAAUAACAGUCCCAUUGUGCGGGCAGAUUAUAAGCCUACGGCUUCCCUCGGAACCAUGGUCAAACGGAAUGUGACUCAUAACGAAGAAACGUCAACAGAUGACAAAUUAUUUGGUGCUCUACUUGCAAAGAAAUCUUCUAUAGCCGCCGAUAUUAUUCCUGACAGAAAUGCUGGAGGAGUCCUUGCUGACCUGAUUGAUGGCGGGAGAGCUGUUGUUAGAGGACUUUUACGACAAAGUUCAAAUUGUGUGGGUGGUUUCUCUGACGUAUGCCAUCGUUCUGUGACUGCAUUGCCUGAUACAGAACAAACAGGAACGGAAGCCAGGUACGAGGGCACGGUAACUGCAGCACAGGUUAACGCGCAAUUUCGUUACAAUGAUCAUAAACGAUCUCGCUCUAAUUCCGCAUCCAAAGAAUGCUAUCAGAGUCACAUUCCUGUAUCUGAUGGCUCAUCAAGUUCGAGCUCAAGUUCCGAAACCGAUUCCGGUGAUUCUGGUGGCUCCGAUAAUGUGCCAGUUUUUUUUCCGGGAGGGUCACGAUCGGGCAGAACUUGUGGAGGCUCCAGUAUGCAAGAACGUUCUCGUACUAUAAAAUUCGCUACCGAAGCUGCUAUGGCUGCGGGUUUUUGUAGUCCUUCUGAUCUACGCAGCGAUGAUAUUAUGUUCGAUGAUAUAUCAUUGUCAAAAUUGCCAGCUUGCCAACAGGUUACAGUUCUUCGUCCACCAGUACAACAUCAACCCCGAAGCGUUGAAUGUGAUUCGGACUCAAUACGUAAAGAAACACGCUUCGGUACUCAAAGCAAAUCAGAUUCUGAGGAUCCCCCUAUUUCAAUGGGUACGAGAUUAGCCAAUAGCCUUCAGGAGACGUUAACGCAGCAUAUUCUUGAUUUUGCGAACAAAAUGAGUGCAUUACGCAGAAGCCCGCGCUCAAGUUCUGCUAAACGCAAGUCUGAAGAGGACGAAAAAAUGCAUAAACCUGUUCAAGGUGCGAGAAGAUCUACAGAUGAAAAAGUUCAAAGAUUUGCGGAUGAAAAAGGUGGCAGAAAAUCUGCAGAUGAUGGAGGCAGAAGGAGUGCAGAUGAAGGUGGUAGAACACAUGUAGAUGAACAAGAUAUAAAACCAACUCGAGCAUCUGUAGAUGAAAGUGCUCGUAUUGCAACAGAGGCUUCGAAACAACCCGCAGAACCUCCACUCAUAGAUCUUGGUGUAACAUCAAUUUCACCAUCUCUUUCCGAGGAGGAUGAUAAUCUUGGGGAAAUCAUUUUGGCGCCUCCUCCAACAUUGGGAGCAACUGCCAGCAUUGUCAGAUUCUCUCCAUUCGAUGAAACUAAAGAUCCUGAUGGAACAUUGCGAAAGGAGGACAGAGCGCGACGCCGGUCAGAGGGUGUCCAAUCUCGAGAAACUGUUGCUCUUUUUAUCGAUAGGAAAGAGGAUACACGCGGAUCAGCUGAUUCUCUAAAAGCCAGAUUUGAUUUGCGAGAGGAUGAGAAUUCUUAUUCAUCUUACCAACAAGAUCUGUCGCACGAUCCUCAAAGUGCUGAAUCAUUAGAAAAUGCUUUAUUGGGAACUAGUUUUAAAUCUGGUCAACUACCUACUUUGAGAAGUAUGAGCAAAUACGCAAAUGCUAUGGAUGAACCGUCGGUUGAAUUCUCAGACAUGUCGGCCAGUAGUAUCGCACGCUACGACGUUCCAGAAGAGGGAGAUAUGUCUAUGAAAAUGUCACAUUCCAGAAGUUCUAGAACUGAAUACGCUGAAGCUAUCGAUACAAUGAAAAAUGUCCAGCAGUCAAAUGAGGACGUGGCGACUGUUGGAAAUUUCACUGAUGAUAAUCAAACGAGACAAGAACGCUACAGAGAGCAAGGCGGCGGGGCAAGCGCUACUGCUAUGAGAGCUAACAGCCUGUCAAGAUCUGGUAAAUUAUCAGAUUCGGAUACCAGUCAGGAUUUGCCUUUUGUAAAUUUGUCAGACCCAAAUGAUCCGAGAGGCUUAUCGGCUCGUGUCCGAGCUUUGCAUAAUAAGCACGCUUAUCUUUUUGUCGAAGACGAAAGCUCCGACAAGCUAUUAUCGUGUAUACAAUUCAACACUGAUGAGGCUGAAAGUUCAAAUGAGCAAAUCCAAGCUACUAUCACGAUGACUAUUGACAAGGAUGGAAUUGCUCGCACAUCUUCCCGUUCUUCUGGGCAUAGUUGUAGGUCUAAUAAAAAUUUUCAUCCACGUGAAAAUUGUACUUCUCAUAGUCCUGGUAUACUUAACACUGGUCCUCAAUCAUUGGCAUUACUUGAAGAUAAAUUUAAAUCUCCUAAAAAAUCAAAUAAUCAGAGCAGAUCCAAUACUCCUUCUAAAACUACUUUGCUCUAUAGAGUUGAAAUACCACAAAUUGAUCGAAGUAAGGUUUUAGAAAAGAAACAGAAAGCGCACAGAAGACAUGAUAUAAUAUCCAUAUUUCCACCAAGAAUUCCACCUUCAGCGAUUACCAUGAAUAAUUACGUUUCUGUGGAAAUCCAAUACUUGGCAUUACGAGCUAGUUGUCCUGCUCUAAGGGAUCCUUCGAUCACUAGAUUGUAUGUAGAGUAUAAUUUCAUGGGAUAUCGUGGACAAGAAUUAGAAACGCCCAUCUCUUUACCGAAGCCCAAAGCUCCUGGCCAAAAAGUGAUAUUCAACUUCAAAAAAGGUGAUAUUUUUAAUAUAUAA